AUGAAGUUUGUUUUACUGAUUCUCUGCCUUUGGUGCGUUCUUAGUGCUGGUAGCUUUAUUCGAGCUCCAUACCAGUACCCACCAAGGUAUCCACGCUUCGCUGGCUGUCAAACUGACAGCUGCCAUGAAGGUAACUACACUGGUUUCGGAUGUCAGAGUGGGCGCUGUACUUACAUCUGCAGUGACGGUCUGUGCAAUGGCUACUCGGGUACACAAGAAUACCUCUUCCCACAAAUGCAGACAGAUCUUACACGACCGUGGGCUCCAGGUGCUAGAAAUCUCUACGGAUGCAGUGGUGGUAAUUGCGGCUUCUGGGGCGGUUGCAGCAAUGGCUACUGCGCCGGCCGAUACGAUUUCCGAGGAUGUGAUAAAUCGCAAUGCCAAUACGGUCCAUUUCGAGGCUACGGCUGUGACACAAAUCGAUGCCAAGUCAUAUGUUAUGACAAAAGAUGUCACCUUGAAAACGUGUACGGAUAUGAAGUAUCGGAGGUCAGGAUCGAAACCGCAUAUCCAAGGAGCAUCAGCGAACUAAAGAGCAUUGAUCUGUCUAACUUCUUUGAGGCUGAAAGUGAUCUAACGAAUAUAAAGAGCAAAUUUUGGCAAUUCUAUAAGAAAAAACCGGAAUCAUGGGCGAAAGAUUUGAGAGAUCCCGAUUUGUGGGAGUAUCUUUACCAUAGAGCCGGUAAAUUGCAGUUGAAGGGACCUCAAGUCCAAAUGCCAGGUGACGCCUGUGACGCACCUCAAUGUGGAUAUUGCAGUUAA